CUGUUCCUCAAUAGGCGGAAAGAAAACAAGCAAGUCAUGUGAUUUGUGCUCGUGACCAUCGACGUCUCCGCAGGUGGCUGUGGCUUUAGAGCAUCUUACCACAGUCCGCAUAGCUCGAAAUUACUUCUCAGAGAGCAAAAGGAUUGAAUGACUCGCGAGGAGACUGGUCACCAUGGCUGAUGACUUGAAAAGAUACCUCUAUAAACAGUUACAAAGUGUUGAAGGUCUUCAUGCAAUCGUGGUUACAGACAGAGAUGGAGUCCCAGUUAUCAAAGUUGCCAAUGAUAAUGCUCCAGUCCAUGCUCUGAGACCAGGCUUCCUGUCCACGUUUGCUCUGGCAACAGAUCAAGGCAGCAAGUUGGGCCUCUCCAAAAACAAGAGUAUUAUCUGCUACUACAACAGCUACCAGAUUGUACAGUUCAAUCGGUUACCUCUUGUGAUCAGUUUCAUCGCCAGCAGCAAUGCUAACACAGGUCUUAUCAUGAGUUUGGAGAAGGAGUUGGCUCCACUAAUAAAUGAGCUGAGGCAGGUAGUAGAAGUGACAUAAAGUUUGACAAACCAUCAAAGCCUCAGGGAUCAACAGAGGAGAACCCCCUUGUGUUUUGUUGGCGUCUUAUACUCACUUCAAUCAAGAUUUAACAUACACUCUGCUGUGUUGAAAACCAGUUUUUUCCUUAAUCUAAUACUUGAAGUCUGAAUAAAUGUUUGAUUUUAA